AAGACUCUUGUUGUUGCCGUGGUUACAGUCAGGAGAGAACACAGAGAGUAUCUUUAGCAUGUCAACAUCUGCGACCUCAAGCGUUUCAGUCUCACUGUGCUCUCUGUCCUGGACUUUCACUAACUGUGCUUCCUCUCUGACAAAGAAAGAAGAUGAGUGAAAGCACUGAUGACAUCAAGGCUGUGACCUGCACAGUCAAACCUCCAGUGUACCUGCAGAUUGGAGACACCAAAGUGGACACAUCUCACUCUGGUAUUUGUGUUGUUGAUGUCACCCUCCCCUUCGGAAAGCCUGCCAAUAUUGAGGAAAUCACCUUUAAGAACUACUACACGGCCUAUGUGACUGUGCGUUUGUUGAGGAGGAGCCCCGGGCAGGAGGCCCCUGCUAAGUGGUGCACUGCUCUGAGAGACCUGCCCCUGAUGGACAACCCCCACACUGAGGGGGGCUCCCAAGACUACUACUCCAUUCACAGGGCACAGAUGCAGGUGGAGCCAGAUCAUGUGGUGUCUGUACGACUGAUCCUGAGACAGCCGUCCUCUGCCUGGCUAACCUUCAGCCUCGAAGACAUCAAAAUAUACCCUCACAUGGAGCCGGACCCAGAGAAGGAAGUUUCUGAUUGGCUGUCUGACCUGACGCUGGUUGACCAACACCCUGACCUGGAGGGCCUCCCAGACCCCCAGACUGUAUCAUCCAGUAUCCAGCAAAUGUGGGCUCUGACUGAGGUGAUGCAGACCAACCAGACUACAGCCUCCAUUGGACGAUUUGAUGUGGAUGGAUGCUACGAUAUCAACUUGCUCUCCCUGACGUAACAUGGCCAUUGUGCUCUUGCAUGCACAUGAAGCCCACUUUAUAGAGGAACAAUAAUGAAGACACUGUCUGUUUUUGAACCAUUAACAACAGCUUCAGAGAAGAACAAAGAAAAGGUUGUAUAUAGGUAUAUGAUGCAGGAAUGGCUGGGCAUGAUGUGACAGUGAAUAACAGACGUCUGCUGCUUUUUUUCUUACUUGAACACUGACGAAUGAGAGAGGUAUUUUGAUUUCAUUUAUUUCGACAUACUUUUUUUUAAUGUUCUGGUCAUAAAACUACUCAAUCAUUGCUAUACACUUAAGGGCAUACGGUAUACAUAUAUUUUUUUCUUUUUCCAUCAUUUUGAGGAGGAAGUACAGUACAUUACAUUUUUACUGACGCAAUUAUUUAUUAAGAUAUGUAAUAACCUUACUGCUCAAAUCCUGCAGUGUGGCACUGUAACACUGUAAAUUGUGUAAUAUCAAUAUUUAGCGUUCUACUGUAUCCUGAUAAAACUACUGGAUGACUUUUCCCUGUAAUUGGUUGACCUGUGUUGAGGUGCGGGAUGGCGGGCUGCAGGAGGUUUUAAUGAGUCCCAUUCAUUGUGAAAACAGUACUCCACACCAUACAAGGCUGUAAAUGUUUAAUGGUAUAAGGGACAAGGGAAAAAGUACUGCACCAGUUUCUGUAAUGCUGCACAGUAUGAAACACUUGGUGGCAGCAGUGGAUUAUCUAAGAGGUACUGUUAACAUCUAUCUUUGUGAGGACCAAGACCUUGAGAGGACACUUUAGGAAAAUGAGAAGAAUCUCGUCUGUCUUCAGGUCUUUGAAGGACUUUUGUUGUUAAAUGUUUGAUUUUUGAGGUAUGGAUAAGCCAGGGCUAUGCUGUAUAGCUGUGAUAGUUAAGACACAGGUUAGAAGCUCAGAUGCGAAUUAUGUCAGUGAGGGUCCUCACAAGUGUUGAAGUAAAAAUGUAUGUGUAUGUGUGAGAAAGCUGAUGGAACUUGACAGAAGUCUACUUUCUGAAAAUGUUUUACAAGCCUAUAUGUUGUGUUAUUUGCAGCUCCUGUCGCCACAUGUCAAUAAAAAACAACUAAUGUU